UUGUGCAAAUAUAUCAAGAGUACCACCCGCGUCAGAUUACUUCGUGCGCAUGAGAGCGAGAGAUUUAGAGUUCCAAAAAGGAGACCCAAGGCUCAUAGAAGCUUCUCGCUUGCUUGAAAGAACACAACCCGAGAGGCGCACAGUUUUUAAGUGAAGGAAUAGAAAAGAAAAGGUUGUCAUCAUGGACGGGAUCAAGUUCGGACACGCGUGGCUUGUGUGCACCUUGCUGCUCUGCGCAUCGCAACUGUGCCUAGCCUCGGUGAUGGUCAACGUUGCUCCAAAAGUAGAAGUGUUGAAGGACGAGACUGCCAAGCUGCCCUGCAAGUACACCGUGUCGCCGUCAUCCAGCAACACCAUUGUGGAGUGGCACAUUGAGGCGCUGGGAAACAGGAAGCGCGUGGCUUACCGCACGCAGGACGGCGAGGCUACAAGUGACAAGGGCACCCCCCUGACCGGCCGCGUCAGAAUCGGCGAGGACUUCACCUUGACCAUCACGUCGGUCCAACCCUCUGAUGGCCUCGUCUUCAUCUGCUCGGUCACCGGAUCUGCUGGCAACGGAGAAGCAGCCACUAUGCUCAAAGUUUUCUUUGCUCCAGAGAAGCCCUCCCUCACACAGGCAUCAACGCAAGCUAUUUCUGUUGGACAGCCCGCCAGCUCUGAGAUCGGUACCUGCGUGACAAUGAAUGGACACCCGCAGCCAAGGAUCAUUUGGUUUAAAGAUGGGCAGCCCCUUGCCGAGGUCAAGGACAGGAAAGAAAAGACCUACAUGGUUCCAUCUCAGGUGAAGGAGGCAUCGGGCCUGUUCACCAUCAAGAGCACACUGUACAUGCAGCCAAGCAAGGCCGACAAGGAUUCGGUGUUCCACUGCAUGGUAGAGUACAGCAUGCCGGGAGACCAGAUCAAGCAGAAGAAGUCCGACACCAUCAACCUCAACCUCAACUACCCUUCGGAGUCGGCAACAUUUACCCUUCUCAAUGCCGGAGCUGUCAAAGAGGGCGACAACGUCACCAUGAAGUGCGAGACGGACGGAAACCCUCAGCCAGAGUUUGACUUCAUCAAAGAUGGCAAGGCCAUCACUGGCCAGGGCGGCCUCCUGAUGUUGAAAUCCAGCAAGCGCACCGACGCCGGUAUGUACACAUGCAAGGCCAUUGACUUCGACAACCUCGACGCCGACCUGACAGGCGAGAUCAACCUCAGCGUACACUACAUUGAUCCAAUGAGUGUGACUCCAGCGAAGCCUCAGGUUGUCAUGCUUGGAGACAGUGUGGAGUGGCAGUGUAAGACCAAAGCCUCUGCACCACAUACGGUGCAAUGGAAAAAGGGUUCCGAGGUUCUCUCUCAGGAUGGGACGCUCUCAAUAAAAGCCGACUCCUACGAGAAAGGCGGCGAGUACAUGUGCGUCGGAGCCGUGCCGUCAGUCCCGGGACUGAUAGACCAGGCUAGCACAGCCCUCACCAUCAAAGGAAAGCCAAUGAUCGAUACACCAGUCGGCGGGGAGGUGUCCAAGGAAGGAGAUGUGGUAUCCCUGAGGUGCUCCGCCUAUGGCUCCCCUGCCCCUCAGUUCACCUGGAAGCCCUCAGGAAAAGAGUCGGUGAUGGUGGAGGGUAACAAGGUGGUGAACACCGUCACCCUGCCGGCCACCGCCGCUGUCAUGAAGGACGGCGUGACCUGUGAGGUGGCCAACGAGCACGGCACCGACAGCAAGACCUUCGCUGUAUCUCUCAAAAGAGUCUCUUCUUCUUUUCCUGCUUUUGCAGCUAUUGACAACUCCGCCAACAGAGUGCUGCUCUCUGGAAACCCUGUGCUUAAGUCAGCUGACCAGCAGCAGGGAGGUUCCAGCGGGGUGGUGAUAGCCGUGGUGGUGUGCGUGCUGCUGCUCCUGCUGCUGGUGGCCCUCAUCUACUUCCUGAACAAGAAGAGCAAGCUGCCCUGUGGCAAGAAGGACAAGAAGGAAGUAGCAGACACAGAAGUGAACAAUGACAUCGUCGUGGAGAUGAAGACAGACAAGGCCAACGAAGAAGCCGGUCUCCUCAACAAGAGACCGCCCGCAGAGCAGUGAUGAAUGAAGACUGACAGAGGGACCAAGGGAAGAAGCUCGACAGUUAUGAAGAAAAAACUGGACCGAUUUGUAUUCGCUAAACUUUUUUUUUUUUGAGGGGUGGGGGGGGGGGGGGUGUCAGCUCUCCUUGAAAAAUGCUACACUAUGGCAUCACUGAAUGAUGCUUUACUGAACCAAUCACAGCUUUUGGGUGCUCCCUGGCAGAGUAGUGCAAUAGUGUGCUUUCAAUAAUAUUUUAAAUUACAAAAAAAAAUUCAACGGUGGCAAACUCAUAUAGUGCCACCAUGCCCCUGUGCGUUUGUGUAUUGUUCAAGUUUCACACUACGACUACUCUGCCUUGGAGUCUGCACUUAAAUCAAAUCAUUGUAGUGUGUGUGUGAAAUUUGCCGACGUUCUCUCUUUACCCACUUCCAUAAUCAUGACUGUCUGCUUCUAAAUCAAGCGCACUGUGUUACAUUUCUGCUCUGCUUUAGCAAUGUUUGAUGGCGUCAUACAUACAUGUACACACUCUAUGUUCAAAUGUAUUGGGACACCUGACUAUGGCUGGAUUCACACUGCAAGUCCAAGUAUGCAGUUCUGAUUUAAUGCCGAUAUUCACUGUUGUUGUUUUUACUGUCUGUUUCCAUGUUCAUUUCAGACAGAUGCCCAAAUUGCACGCGAAUAACCCCACAAAUGACAACACGAAAGAAUAAUACAUAAAUUAGACAAAUAUGAAACAUUCAUAGUAUUUAGUUGUCCUUGACUAACUCUUCCCACCAUUGAUUACUGUAAAUGAGGCUAACCUUAGCCCCACUGGCCGUCAUCUGUAAUUAUUUUCCUAAUUUAAUGAUGGACACACUUCUAAUCUUGCAUAUUUGGACCAUGUUUAGUUGUCUCGGCUUUUGCUGUAGUUUGGAUGUUCAGUGGGGUUUUUUUUGUUGUUGUUUUUUUUCUGUGUGUCAUUUGGGUAGACGCGGGUGUGUAUACAUCAACGAUGUAUUUAUCUUGAUGUCAAGCUUCUAUUGAUGAGUUGUAUCCAUCUGCACGCACACAGGAAGAUAUCCAAUACGUAUUGGAUUUUUAUCCACAUAACUGGAAGGGGCCUGAUUCCAAGCUGAAGAUAUCCGAUUCCAUGCAUUUUUUUAUACAAACGCUGCCAAAUCCCAAUUGUGCCACUUCACAGCAAAAAAAAAAAAUAACAAAUUCUGUUACUUGAACCAUUAAGUGUAAAUCCAGCCUAAUACUCCUACAAGGAAGUGAGAAGGGGAAAAACAAAUAUUUUUUUGCAGCAUCGCUCUUUCUAGUCAGACUUUCUACAACAGGGUUGGGGAACUUGGGCCAUGUGUGCUGACACAAGAGCUAUUUGAUCUAGCCCCCAUGAAAAUCUAAAAUCUAACUAGAUGUUGGUGACCAUGUGGAGUCAAACUUUGCUGCCUUGCUCGACCCAAACCUAGGACAGAAAAACAGUUUUGGCAUUUUAGUGCCAGUUCUGUCUCAUUUUCAUAGUAUAGCCCUUCAAAAUGAUUUAUUUGGCCUAAUAUGCUCCUCGAAGGACUUUAUACAAUACUUCCCCAACGUUAUUCUUAUUAUUCUAAGAUUUUUAGUGCCAGUCAAGCCAUUUCCAGCAUACACAUUUAUAGAUAUAGUAUAGAAUUUUGCUACGUCCACUUUUUUCCCUUGACUUCUUUCCUCUCUUUUUUAUUUUUUUAUUUUUUAAGAUUAUUUUUAGAACUGCAAGUUCGAAACUGAUUUCUUAAGUGUCUGAGCUGCCUUUUUUUUUCAAGGAUUAAACCAUUCGAAAGCCCAAUUUCAGUGAAAAUGAUGUGAAACUGCAGAGGCAAGGGGUGGGGGGAUGCUGGUACAAUCACUUGUCUGAGCAGAAUUUGAAGGCGCUCGGGCCCAGCAGUUAGAUGAAGGGAAGUGAGUGAAUUUUUUUUCUUUUUUUCUGGGGGUUUCUUUAUUAAUCAUUUGAAAAUGUCACAGCAGAAAGUCAGGGAGGUGGUAUUGUUGAGAGCUGAUUUUAUUUUUUUUAUUUUUUUUGGGGGGGGGGGGGACUUAUGAUCUUGUGUGCGCGCCAAUAGCGGCUUGACGUGGCUUUUGACUUUUGUUGUACACUGGAACUAAUGGCCUUGAAUUACCGUAAAAAUACAAAGGGUCACCUCAAACCACUAUCUGAUUUUGUAUUUCAAUGUGUGUCUACUGUUCUUGACUGUUAGCAAACCUGUCACGGCAGGCUUAAAAUUGGAGCAUCUGUUUUUUGUUUUAGUCACUGUUUUAUACAAAAUGAUGUGCUUGUUGCCUUUUUAUUUGUGAAAUUUGGGACUACUGAGUUGUCUUUUCUUUUGUUUCCUCUUUGAGGAUUAUUAUUUGGAUGAGAUUCUCCAUGCUUUACUUCUCUCUUCUGUAAACUGUAUAUUUUGUGGUACGCUCUUGUGGGGUUUUGAUGUAUCUUUUUGUAUUUUGUUCCAGCUGUUUAGAAUUUAUAAUGGAAAAAAACAACACUUA